CUGACGUGUAUUUAGGGAGGUGCCUAUUAAGAUUCCUUUAGCCUUUAGCGGCUUCACAAUGUUUUCCUUUGUCUUUAAUAUCACAGCAUGAAAUUAUUAAAUGUUGUUCCGAUGUAUUUGAUACAUUGCAACACAAGGCAAACCGUAAUUGGACAGAUCUUCAAGAGCUUCCAUGAGAAGGAGAAUAGGACAUUCCUAGGAUAGACUCGCAGUGUUGUAUUCACAAGUGUGAUUAAAUACAAAGGUCUUAUGAAGAAAAAUGGGAAAGAGCAGGGUACCAGAUCUGUACAGAGCCCCCUUUCCACUGUACACCGUUAAAGUGGAUCCAGCCACGGGGAUGGUGAUCACAGCAGGAGGAGGUGGAGCCUCAAAGACUGGAAUAAGGAAUGCCGUGCACUUCCUGGAUUUGCAGCUGAAUGGAGAGCACCACUACAGCGCAAGCCUCCUUCAUUCCCACGACACGGACAUGCGUGCCACUAUGAACAUGGCUGUGGGUGAUGGAGUGAUAGCUGCAGGACAGGACGGCACCUGCUGCCUCAUGAAUUUUAAAGUCUGCACGAAGAAAGGAAAAAACGUUUCUGACAAAAAUGAGAAGAUCACAAAGGAAGGUAAUGCCAGGCGAAGAGUGGGGAAAGGAGACCAAGUGGAAGGCGAUCGGGCUGCUGCAGCUCAGGAUACGUCAGAUACCAAGGAAGAGACGACUCACAUCCAAGUGUCCGGAUUGGCUGAACUGCAAUCGGACUUAAACCCUGAAGACCCGCUGCAGAAAGUGGUUAGGUUCAGUCCUGACAUGAGCCUUUUGCUGACAGGAGGCAGCGACGGACACAUCCGAGUCUGGGAGUUUCCCUCCCUGAAAAGUAAGUUUGAUUUCAAAGCCCAUGAAGGGGAGAUUGAAGACUUGGACAUGAGCCCGCUGAACAAGAACCUUGUGACUGUUGGACGCGAUUUUGCCUGCAAAGUGUGGAGUGGCAACCAGUUGGUUAUGGGUCUUCACUGGCACAAAGCCAUGCCUUUGAUAUCUGAAAAGUCUUAUCGAUACAUGGCUUGCAGGUUUGGAAAAGUAGAAGACCAAAAAGACACACUGAGGCUUUACACAGUGCAGAUUCCUCACAAAAGAGAGAGAAAACCGGCUCCUUGCUACCUUACAAAGUGGGAUGGCAAGAGCCUGCUGCCCAUGCUCACGUCCCCCUGUGGUUCUGAGGUCAUCUCCUGUUUGGCUGUCAGCGACUCCGGGACAUUUCUUGGCCUUGGAACUGUAACUGGAUCAGUGGCAAUCUACAUUGCUUUCUCCCUACAGAGGCUGUAUUAUGUCCAGGAGUCCCAUGGCAUCGUUGUGACAGACCUCACCUUCCUGUCCGGUUCCCUGAAAGGCAAAAACAUCAAAGGGAAUCAUGAAACCGCCAUGCUGAGUGUUGCUGUGGACAGUCGCUGUCAAGUACACACGGUUACCGACCGAAGAUACUUCCCUGUCUGGCUCAUGCUGUUCUUCUGUGUCCUUAUGGUGGUGGGAGUGGUCCUCCUUCUGCAGUACCUCUUUCCAGGAUUUCUGUAACUAAGACCUACUGUCCAUGGCCAGGUUGAUCAAGCUCAGGCAUAUCUGCAUGUCUGUCAGUCCAACAUCCAAAGCCCCACUGCUGCAUGAGAGCUGAACCCAGCGAGCCCGUAAGGUUGUGAGAUUUUAUUUUCUUUGAAGUCUAUUAACUAUUCUUAAUUUCUCUUGGAUUGACGGCACAAUCGUAAAGGCUCAGGUUAAUGAUGGAUUAAGGGCUGGGCUCCGUAUUUUAGUUGACAUAUUCAGGCACAGUGUGAGUAGAAAAGAAAUCUAAAACAUUUAUCAUUUUUUAAAACGUACAUCGAAUUUGAAAAAGUGCUGUUUUAAAGCAGACGGGUUGAAGUCUCCUUUGAGGAGAAGUUGGACAUAUAGUGGUAUUUGUCAUGAGAUGUGAUUUAAAAUAACUGGAAGUCACUUAAAUUCUUUGAGAAUUCAAUAUGAUUAAAAAAACAAACACCUUAAUCAAUUUUUGUAAACGCAUAGCUACGGAAAUGUGUGUGGAUAUUAAAAAAAUGUGAUUAAACAUUUUAAAUAGUCUGUCAUCACCUUUUGUUGAAAUGAUCAAGUAAAUGAAACCUCAGUAAGGACGGUAACGAGGAGCGUGGCCAUCCGGAGGGAACUCGGAGUAAAGCUGCUGAAAAGAGUCGGCCGUGGAGGUUUGGGUAUCCAGUUAAGAAGUCUCCUGGUUUCCUCCUUUUGGAAGCACAUGUAGGAGGAAGGAGCCUCUGAGGCUGUUUUUGAUGACCAAAACUAUUUUUCAAAGAAAAUUGCCUUAGAUUGAGGGGGAAAAAAGGUGUAUACAACCACAUGGUCAGUCAUUCAGCCACUUCACUGAAUACUUUUUUAACACAUGGCAUUAUUAUAAUUCCUCAGUCUUUUUUAGUUCUCCCGACCACAGAUCAAACGUGGGCAGUUUUUCUUUUACACUUAAACUUUGUAGUAAUCGCCAUGCAAAACUAAACAGCAGUUGUGUCAUGUUUGUUGGCUCACGAACAACGAUGAAAAGAAUGACUAUAUCAAGUAGUGGAGUGAAGUUAUGGAAUAGUUUACAGCCGUGUUUAAAGCAGAGUGUGAACAUAAAUUUGUUUAAGAGAAGGUUCAAAAAAUUACUUUUGGAUAAAUAUGUAGACGAGGAAAGAUAAAAAACAGGUAGAUUAAUAUGGAAGAGU